CACAAACGGUGUAGCGUUGCAUCAAAUAGCUCAGCGUAAUGUCGAAUAGUGCAGAGUACACACACAUGGUGUGGCGUUGCGUGAAAAGGCUUAGCGCAAUGUCGAAUAGCAUAGCGCACAUACAAACGGUGUAGCGUUGCGUGAAAUGGCUCAGGGUAAUGUCGAAUAGCACAGCGUUCGCACAAACGGUGUAGCGUUGCGUGAAAUGGCUCAGCGUAAUGUAGAACGGUACAGCGUACAUACAAACAGUGUAGCGUUGCGUGAAAUGGCUGAGCGUAAUGUCGAGUGGUACAGCGUACAAACAAAUGGUGUAGCGUUACGU